CAGGCUUUGCAGUAGAACACGGAGUGGUGAUGCUGCCGUAGACGUGGUCGCUAUAACCCAUGUAUAGUAUUUCUUUAGCUAUCUAUCUAAACGUUUUUUUGAGUAACACCAGCAAACAUGCUGGACUUUGCGAUAUUUGCAGUGACUUUUGUCAUCAUUCUGGUCGGCGCAGUCCUCUAUUUGUAUCCAUCAUCAAGAAGUGUUUCUGGUAUACCAGGUCUCAACCCUACAGAAGAGGAGUGAGUAGCCUAUGACCAGAUGUGUUUUACAACUUUCUAAGUACUGUCUCUCUUUAGCACUCAGGGAUGGAAAUCUACAAGACAUAGUGAACCAAGGCAGUCUGCAUGAGUUCCUGGCUAGUCUACAUGGACAGUUUGGUCCUGUGGCAUCCUUCUGGUUUGGAGGACGCCCUGUGGUCAGCUUGGGUUCAGUGGACCAGCUACGGCAGCACAUCAACCCCAACAGGACUACGGACUCAUUUGAGACAAUGCUGAAGUCGUUGCUAGGGUACCAGUCAGGAAUGGGUGGAGGGGCCACAGAGGCUGUAAUGAGGAAGAAGUUGUAUGAGAGUGCCGUCAACAACACCCUGGAGGAAAACUUUCCCCUGCUGCUGAAGCUGGUGGAGGAGUUAGUGGGGAAAUGGAAGUCUUUCCCUAAGGACCAGCACACACCCCUCUGUGCCCAUCUGCAAGGAUUGGCCAUGAAGGCUGUCACUCAACUCGCUCUAGGUGACCGCUUCCGGAAUGAUGCUGAAGUCAUCGGCUUCCGAAAGAACCAUGAGGCAAUCUGGUCGGAGAUCGGAAAAGGCUAUUUGGACGGCUCCAUGGAGAAGAGCUCCAUCAGAAAGGAGCACUAUGAGAGCGCGCUGGCAGAAAUGGAAACAGUGCUGAUGUCUGUGGCUAAAGACAGGAAAGGACAAAGGAGCCAGACAGCGUUUGUGGAUGCUCUUCUCCAGUCCAACCUCACAGAGAGACAGGUGAUGGAGGACAGCAUGGUAUUCACACUGGCAGGUUGUGUCAUCACAGCUAAUUUGUGCAUCUGGGCAGUACACUUCCUGUCCACGUCAGAGGAAGUUCAGGAGAAGCUGCAUCAGGAGCUGGAGGAUGUUCUGGGCUCUGAGCCUGUUUCUCUGGAUAAGAUCCCACAGCUCAGGUACUUCCAGCAGGUUUUGAACGAGACUGUGCGGACAGCCAAACUGACGCCCAUCGCAGCCCAGCUCCAGGAAAAUGAAGGGAAAGUCGAUCAGCACAUUAUUCCUAAAGAGACACUGGUGAUCUAUGCCCUUGGGGUAGUCCUACAGGAUGCAGACACCUGGAGCCAUCCCUACAAGUUUGACCCAGACCGAUUCACAGAAGAUUCUGCCAGGAAAAGCUUCUCUCUGCUUGGAUUCUCAGGGAACCAGGCCUGUCCUGAGCUGAGGUUUGCGUACACAGUGGCCACUGUCGUCCUCAGCACUGUAGUGCGCCAACUGAAGCUGCAUCAGGUAAAGGGACAGGUGGUAGAGGCCAGAUCUGAGCUGGUGUCAACGCCUAAAGAUGACACAUGGAUCACUGUGAGCAGAAGAAGCUAAACUAACAGUGGACAUUUGUCUCAAACUCCAUCUGUGGAAGAGGAACUGUGUUAUCUGGGAAGGUGCUUGUCAGUUAGCCUAGAUUCUAGACCGAGUGGAACUGUUAAAAUAACUUUAAACAUGAUGGCGAGCUUUGUAGGGCUAUUUGUCAGUCAGCUCUUGAACAUGGUUUUGAUUAGCUCAAGUCAUUGCCAAUGGCUACUCGGUCAUUUGAGCUACCAUCUGUUCCGCCUAUUUCAAUAUGAGGAUCAGUACCUAUCUUUUCAAGCUACAUGAUCAUUGAUGUAUUGUCAUAAACCUUGCCUUAAACCAACAUUCCAGCUGAACUGCCUUCCAAAACACGUGGUCCCCACUCCCCCAGAUACAUGGCAUUUUUGACAGUUCAUUUUUGAAUAAAGUUUACACUACUCGUGUGUUAGGAAUAUAAUAUUUUGCACAUUUGUUGCACUGUUGUGAGCAUAUCUUGCUACUGUCAAGACAUCUUGGCCAUUAUUAUCAACAAGUGCUCACUGUAUCUGCAGGGUCUCCGGUUCAAUCCCCAGCCCUGUUUCCCCUGUAUCGCUAUAUUAGCAUUGGUUGUUUAAUUGUUGAUAAUAAAAAUCAUAUCCGUAA